AUGGUUCAAAAAUAUCAGUCACCGCUACGGAUCUAUAAAUAUCCGUUUGAAUUAGUUAUGGCCGCCUACGAGAGACGGUUUCCGACGUGUGAAAUGAUUCCGGUGUUUGUCGGCUCCGAUACCAUCUCAGAGACUGAUGACGGAGUGGUUCACGUAAUUGAGCGCAAGUGUCGUAUCAAUGUUGAGGCGCCCUAUCUAUUGAAAAAGAUCACUGGUGUAGACAUUGUAUACUUUAUACAGAAGAAUACAUUAGAUCGAAGAAACCGAAUAUUGAGUAUUGAGGCCUGGAAUGAGAGUUUCGCCAAUAGGAUCACUAUUCAUGAAUUAUGUACUUAUAGGGUAUAUCCCGAGAACCCCGAGUGGACAUGUUUUGAACAGUCGGCCAGUUUGGAAGUGAAUCACUUCUGGGGAUUUGAAGGAGUGGUUGAAAAGUUGGCGGUUAAACACUAUUCACAAAAUAUUAAAAAAGGCAAAGAAAUAAUAGAGCACUACAUGAAUGUACUGAAAGAGGAGGGAAUCACUCAUAUUCCCCCUUUCAAUGAAAAACACUUGAAAUCUAAAGAUAAUACCAAUAUUGAUGAUCUGAAUGUCCCAUAUAUUGAUAGCAGCGAUAAUAAUCAUAAAAAUGGAUCAAUUAAUAACUAUAAUUAUAAUAAUCAACAAAUGAUAAACAAUGAAAACGGAAAGACAGGUAAAGAAAGCUGACGGCAAUCACUGCUUACCGGCUAAGCAUUGAUCCGGACAUAAAUCUCCGAUAGUUUUCAAGUGGAGAUUAACUACAAUUAUGUUGUAAAACAUUGAUAACUAAUUUAUUAAUUGAUUUUAUUAUAAUUUGUAAAUACAUGAAUCAAAUUUAGGAUAAGAUUAUAAUAAAAAUAAUUAAAUACAAGGAAAACAAUAUUUGUUUUCAAUUUAUUU